ACGGGGUCACGUGAUGCUGCGUUAGCUCGGCGACUCUGCUAUGUUUGUCGUUUGCGUUAACGUUUUAAAAAUGCCAUUUUUCUCGCCUUUGUCGGUUCAUCGUCGUCGAGGGGCGCCCCGCGGCUGCCCAGAGACCCGUUUUCAUCGACGCCGGGAGCAGAGUUCGACUGUGAAAACGGCCGCUAUGGGGCCGCGCGUCACGUGACCAGCAUGCGGCGGAGCGUUUGAUAAAAAGAUGGCGUGAGCGCGGCGGAGCGGAGAGGACAACAACCCGCCGACCGACCGACCGUCCAACCGACCGUCAGAUGGAUCCUGGACAGGAUUUACUUCUCGCUGCUCUAAGUGAGAGUGGCAUUUGCCCAAAUGACAUUGGCCUAUUUGAUGUUGAUUCUCAGGAUGUUGCACAGCCCUCUACAACACAGCAAUCUAUCUCCAUCAGUGCCCUGGAUGUUGGUGUGGGGACAGAGCCAGUGGAAGUUGUUCGAACGGAGCCACCAGCUCCAGUCCCUAUAGUUACCAUCAGGCACAAACCUCAGCCAUCAACCACCACGUUUGUCUUAAAUCAGCUUAAUCAGUUGCCGUCACUAGGAGCUGUUGUGACCAAACAAUCAGUUACAAACCCAAUCAAACACACCAUCACGGUCACCAAGGUGGUCCAUGUUGCUAAUUCAGGCCUGAGAGGUUCAUCCACACCCUCCUCCACAACUGUUCCUCCUUCAGCGUCCACAGUAGUGCCUUCUAACAGAGAUCAGCAGAUUCAGUUGAAAGACCUUCUUAGGACCGGCCAUGUGAAGAGCACUGGCCUAAAGGGCAACAGUUUGAUGGAGCUGAUGAAGCUAAAGCCUCCACCUGACAUUGCUCCACCAGUAGCAACAGCCACAGGUCCAAGUGAAAUUAACAAUGGGAUCAAGAAGGAAGUAAUGGGUAAAGAUGCUGUCAGGAGCUGGAUUAGUGAUGAUAUUAAAGUGCAAAAUUUCUCUCUGAAACCCCCGGGGAUGAAGGAAGAGGAUGAGCCUGAGGAGGAAGAGGAGGAUGAGUUGGGUCAUGCAGAGACGUAUGCAGAGUACAUGCCUAUGAAGUUAAAGAUUGGCCAGCGGCAUCCUGAUCCUGUGGUGGAGACCAGUUCCCUGUCCAGUGUUAGCCCUCCAGAUGUGUGGUACAGACUGUCCAUCCCAGAAGAGGUCAUUGAUCAGGGCUGCCUGUCUGCUCUGCAGCUUGAAGCCAUCACGUACGCGGCUCAGCAACAUGAGACAUUCCUCCCUAGCGGUGAUCGAGCUGCCUAUUUGAUUGGUGAUGGAGCUGGUGUGGGCAAAGGCCGGACCAUUGCAGGGAUCAUCUAUGAGAAUUACCUGUUAGGCCGGAAGAGAUCACUUUGGUUUAGUGUCUCAAAUGACCUGAAGUAUGAUGCUGAACGGGAUUUAAGGGACAUCGGAGCCAAAAACAUUCAGGUUCAUUCACUGAAUAAGUUCAAAUAUGGAAAAAUCUCCUCAAAACACAAUGGGAGUGUGAAGAAAGGUGUGAUCUUCGCCACCUACUCCUCCUUGAUAGGCGAGAGCCAAUCAGGAGGCAAGUACAAGACCAGAUUUGAGCAACUUCUCCACUGGUGCGGGGAGGACUUCGAUGGAGUCAUUGUCUAUGACGAGUGUCACAAAGCCAAAAAUGUGUGUCCCAUUGGAUCGUCCAAACCUACAAAAACCGGGCUUGCAGUGUUGGAACUGCAGAAUAAACUCCCCAAGGCUCGAAUUGUGUACGCGAGUGCUACAGGUGCCUCUGAACCACGGAACAUGGCCUACAUGAACCGGCUGGGCAUCUGGGGCCACAAAACGCCCUUCAGAGAAUUUGGCAACUUCAUCCAAGCUGUUGAGCGCAGAGGUGUUGGCGCCAUGGAGAUAGUAGCUAUGGACAUGAAACUGAGGGGGAUGUACAUCGCAAGACAGCUGAGUUUUACAGGUGUGACUUUCAAGAUUGAUGAGGUUCCGCUGACUCAGCAAUACAUCAACAUGUACAACAAGUCUGUGAGGCUGUGGGUGAGUGCACGUGAGAAGUUCCAGCAGGCGGCAAAUCUGAUGGAUGCAGAACAACGGAUGAAGAAAUCCAUGUGGGGCCAGUUCUGGUCCGCUCACCAGCGAUUCUUCAAAUAUCUCUGCAUUGCAUCCAAAGUCCGCCGAGUGGUCCAGCUGGCCAGAGAAGAGGUCCAGAAUGGAAAGUGUGUGGUAAUUGGUCUUCAGUCCACUGGUGAAGCAAGAACACUGGAGGCCUUGGAGGAAGGCGGAGGAGAACUCAAUGACUUUGUGUCAACUGCAAAAGGUGUGCUGCAGUCCCUGAUUGAGAAGCACUUUCCAGCUCCGGACAGACAGAAGCUUUACAGCCUGUUAGGCAUCGACCUCUCAGCUAAGAAGACUCCCUCUCCCAGUGACACUGCGGCAGAACUGCAACAGAAGGGCAAGAAAAGGAAAGGUUCAGAGGUCAAAAAGCAGCAGAAGAAGAGGCCUCGCAAACAUGGUGGCCUGUCAGGUACAAGCUCCGAGGACAGCCAGUCAGAGGAUUCGGACAGAGAGUCUGGUAAAGACUUCGACAGUGACGACAGCUUCAAAUCUGUGAGCUCAGCAGAUGAAGACGACGAUUUCAACCCAUUCAGAGACGAGUCUGACGACGACGAGGAAGACGACCCAUGGCUUAUCAGAAAGGAACCAAAGAAAGGGAAAGAAAAGAAGAAGAAAAAGAGAAGGAAGAGUAUCGAUCCAGACUCCAUUCAAAGUGCCUUGUUAGCCUCUGGGCUGGGCUCCACCAGGCCUGCUUUCACUGCCUCUGUUAACCCCCCCAGUGCCCCUGCCACAGUCAAGGCAGAGAGUCAGGAUAGCUGCCUAACAAGUCAGGACGCAGUGGAACACGCCCAGAAAAUGAAGAAAGAUCUGCUGGAAAAACUGGAGGAGCUGGCAGAGGAUCUACCUCCCAACACCCUGGACGAGCUCAUCGAUGAACUGGGUGGACCUGACAAUGUGGCUGAGAUGACUGGCCGUAAAGGUCGUGUGGUCAGUAAUGACGAUGGCAGCAUCAGCUAUGAAUCUCGCUCUGAGCUGGAUGUGCCAGUGGAAAUCCUCAAUCUCACAGAGAAGCAGAGGUUCAUGGAUGGAGAGAAGAACAUAGCCAUCAUCUCAGAGGCUGCCAGCUCAGGUAUAUCCCUGCAGGCCGAUCGUCGAGUAAAGAACCAGCGGCGAAGAGUCCACAUGACACUUGAGCUGCCGUGGAGCGCAGACAGAGCCAUACAGCAGUUUGGGAGAACUCACAGGUCAAACCAGGUCACGGCUCCAGAAUAUGUCUUCCUCAUAUCAGAGCUCGCAGGAGAGCAGAGGUUUGCAUCCAUUGUCGCCAAAAGACUUGAAAGCCUGGGUGCGCUCACUCACGGAGACCGAAGAGCAACAGAAACCCGUGAUCUCAGCAGGUUUAAUUUUGACAACAAAUACGGCAGAAACGCUCUGGAAAUUGUAAUGAAGUCGAUCGUAAAGCUGGAUUCUCCAUUAGUCUCUCCGCCCACUGACUUUAAAGGUGACUUCUUCAAAGAAAUCCAAAGUGGAUUAAUAGGCGUGGGCCUCAUUAAUGUGGAGGACAGAUCUGGCGCGCUGACACUGGACAAAGACUAUAACAACAUGGGGAAGUUCCUGAACCGUAUUUUGGGCAUGGAGGUCCAGCAGCAGAACGCCUUGUUCCAGUACUUCUCUGACACGCUGGCAGCAGUGAUCCAGGAAGCCAAGAAGAACGGCAGAUAUGACAUGGGCAUUCUUGAUCUGGGCUCUGGUGAUGAGAAGGUGAAGAAGGUAGACUGCAGGAAAUUCCUCACACCAGGCUACACCACAUCAGGACACGUGGAACUCUACACGGUGAGUGUGGAGAGGGGAAUGUCGUGGGAAGAAGCCACUCAUGCUUGGGCAGAUCAGAAUGGACCAGAUGAUGGUUUCUAUGUACAGAUGAGGAACAACAAGAAAACAGCCAUACUGGUCAAAGAGGUGAACACCAAGAAGAGGCUGUUCCUGGUGUACAGGCCAAACACGGGCAGACAACUCAAACUGGAGACAUACGCAGACAUCAAGAAGAAGUUUAAAAAGGUCUUGUCACAAGAUGCCAAACAGCACUGGACCGACCAGUACACGUCUUCUGCAAAAAUCUGCUCUCAUGCAUUUUGGCGUGGGAACUGUAAGAAAGCGUCAGUGGGUCUGCUGUGUGAAGUCGGUCUUCGGUGUAGGACGUACUACGUUCUCUGCGGCUCGGUGCUCAGUGUGUGGAACGAGCUGGAGGAAGUACUAACCCCCGUCAGUGGAACCAAUGUAAAGGUGCAGAUCGUACGUCUCAGAACAGAAGAUGGACAGAGGAUAGUUGGACUGAUUAUUCCAGCGAACUGUGUGUCUCCGUUAAUUAACAAGCUGUCAACAUCGGACCAGUGCCAGCAGCGCGCUGUGCAGGAGCAGCAGAAGCGGCAGCAGCUCCACCCUCAAAGUCUCAGUCACGCACCCAACACAUAGUUUAGGUGGACUACUCAGCUUCAUGGGUGUCUGUCCCAUCUCCACCCGAGUUCACGUCCCCACUCUAAAGGGAUCUGGCUCCAUCAAUGUCUGUCUCUGCACUGCAGGCUCCGGGACCACUGUCCCUCGUUCUGCACCCUCACCCCCCCCCCCCCCCCCCCCCCCCCCUCCUUCCCAUUGUCUCUGAGGGUCAGAGGUGUCACACCAAGCUGUGGUGAUUCUCAGAUGUAAAGCAGUGGUUGUACAGAGAAAAGAUUUCAGGGGUUUUUCUUUUUUUAAUUUUAAUCUCCAGAGACUCUUGUUUUCACCUAGAGAGAUUUGACAGGUGAGAUAUUGUCCUCUGACAUUCAGAGUGAAAAGAUUUGUGAUAUAUUGAUCCAGACAGAGUUUAAACCUAGAGGGUGUGUUGGCCUGUGGCUGUCGUCGUCCACCUCUCACACACGCUUUAAGCUCUUAAAUCCAGAUUAUCUGGUAUGAAGCAGAGACCUUGCUUUCCUGGUCCAGACUAAAGGUGGACGAGACAAAGACCACCAUGUCUUUCAAAGUGUGAGAGCUUUUUGUGAUUCAUUACAAAAUGGCAUUUAAUGCUAACCUGCAAUCCCAUAGUAAUAUAUGAACUGUCAGUUUAUCACUCCUCAGACAUUAUUCAGCACUAAUAUCGGGGAAGAAUUUGUUCUUUGAAAUAGAAAAAGUGAUGCAGACCAUGAGUUACCUGCAGGACACCUGAUGUGUGCUGUUUUUUUAGAUGUCACAGAGCAUCAGAAAAAAAACCUAAUAUAUCAGGUCUGGUUAUGAUUCGCUCGUGAGACAAAGACCAAAAUGUCAUUACUGUCAAAAAAACAGAAAAACCAAACCCUUGCCUCGUUAUCACAGACCAGUUUGUUUUGCUUUUAAAUGUGUUUUGUGCAGGUGAUCAAAGUUCCUUGGUUCCUUUUAUUCCGUUUUCAGAAGUUUGUUCCUCUUUGUCCGUAACAGCCAGGAGUUUGUCAAAUGUGCCUUUGUAUCAGUACAAACAGCCGCUGCAGUCAGGCACCUUCACAAAGCACUAAGAAGGGAAGAUUUGGUCGUUUCAGUGUCAGCUGUCUGCUUAUGUCUAUUUAUAGCACACGAACGUAAGAAAAUAUUUCCCAAAGACGAUGAGACAGUAAAAACAUCUGAGGAACGAGUUAAGCUCGAGUUAUCAGCAAACCAGGAUUUCUCUUCAGGCAGUAUUUGGUGUAGGGAGUCAGUGGGCAGUGCCGUGUACUCAUUUAAAAAAAAAAAAAAAAGUCUCCCUGUUCAGCAUUUAUAAACACACUUAUUAAACUGUUUAAAUCACACUGUGAUGUAGUUAUAAGCAGAUAUUUGGACACUUAACAUUGUUCAGUAUUUGUUAACUGUUCUAUCUUCUCCUGUGAAGAUGUAUUUUAUAUCAGUACAACUGUGUUUCAGUAUAUUGUCAUUCAUCAUCUGUUUCUACACCAGUAUCCACUCGUGUGUGUGUGUCCACAGGAGCAGUUAUAUUGUUGACAGAUACAUUGAUAAACACUUACUUCUGCUUAUAAUCUCAUUAUAGUGUGUUAUAAAUAUUAAUAUACUACUUAUAAUUGUUAAAUAGGGGGACUUUGCUGAGAAGUUGUUGCUGUGUACUUAAGCAGUUCAGAUUUGUGCUUCCUCAUCCCAGUCAAUCAAAAACCUUUUUUCUGGACUUGAUCUCACAGGUUGUUUAAAAACCACCUCCGGUUUUUUACCUCCACUUUGCCUCAGUCAGCUUUUUUCCUGGUCUGGUGGGACGUUGGUGAUACCUGGCUGAAUUAGCUGCAAUUCACAUGGGAAACAAAUGCUAUAAAGCAGCCAAGGAAUUCUGAGAAAUGUGAAACGCAUGUCCUUGACAAAAACCCAUCACCAGACAGUUUUCAGAGCCGUCUCUGUGCUCUGCUCACAGGUGUUCUGUUUUUUUUUUUUGUUUGUUUUUUUUCCGCUCUUUGCCUGUUUUUAAAUUGAAAUCCACUCAGGGGUUAAACUCAUACAAAGACCCUCUUUGAAAAAAUCUUAGGUUUUACAGUAUAUCUGAAACGCAUGACUUUAACUCAAAUGAUCCUUCUACACCUCUGCUCAGUAAUGUUACUCUGUGGCUCUGUCUUUAGCUGUAUUUACAGCUCCUUCUUUUCACAGUACAUGUUCCUAAAACGCCUCCUUCUAAUUCCACUGCUUUCUUGAGCCCAGUUGUAAUUAAAAUCAGUGAUUGCUUCUGUUGAAUAGUGUACCUCUGCCUCCUCAGUCCUGUAUUGCAUUAUACUUGAUCUGCACUGGAAGGGACAGACCAAAGUCUGGAUACGUGAGCUGUCCUCAUAGCUGAUAAUUAAAGAUGUGUUUUCUGUCACAGUACGCUCAGACACAUCAUUAACCUGUGGAUUAGUUACUGUUAUUACGUGUGUAUUCUCUCCUGUGUUUCAUUGAUGCGUUCAAAGACAAGUGAAAAAGGAAGGAAAAAGUCUUUGUAUCAUACUUACGUGCAUUUUGUACAAUUUGUAAAAGGAUCCAAACUGAAAUUCUUCACGCAGCACAUCUCACCUGUUGGACAGUACAGAGAGAGACCUUAAUGAAAACACCUCUAAGGUCUUCUCUCUGAUUGGAAGUCACAUCUUUUAGAAUGUCCACCAUGUAAAAGCCAACAACUCAUGUUUUUAUUUUGUCUUUUGAGGGGUUAUGUUAAACGGGCUGCUGACAUGCUAACGUUGUUUUUGAAUGCCGUAAAAAGUCGCAGCAGAUCGGCUCCUCUGAAGUUCAAACACUCGAAGGACUUUUUUUUUUUUCCUUUUCCUUUUAUCAUUGCACGAGUUGCACUACUGACAAGAGUUGUACAAAAAUUCAACAUGACCUGUACAUGAUUGAGUGCUAUGCUCAAUAAAGCUUGGUAUACUUCUA